UCCUACAAGCUUACCUUAGUUUCCCUGCUUACACACCAAAAAUGAAGGACAUUGAUACGAAACGCCCUAAAAGGCUAGAUCUCGAUGCACCCCUCAUGUCAGCAAGACGCGCCAAUCUUACUUGUGCGACUAGCACUGCCCUGUUACGUGCAAAUUCACUACGUGCCUCGCGUGAACGAGUGCCCUUUUCGUGGGAGCAAAGUCCCGGUAAGCCUAAAGAUUUGAUGGUAAGAAGUCGAGGUGAUUAUGGUGUUGAACAAGGCGUGUUUUUGCCUCUUCCUAAGCCACCUCUUAUUCGUUGGCAAGAACGAGGCCACCCUACACUGAACUAUGUUCGAGAUUAUGGUUCUGAUGAUCGUAUUAAUCAAAUUAAUCACCAUGAAAAUGAUGAUGAUACUAGUUUUUCGGAUGCUAUAGACUUGUUUUCUUUAGCAGAGUCGUUGAAUUUCAGUGAACGAUUCAAUUUAGAAGGCGACAUUGCUAGAAGUAACGAAGGAUCGUUCUCGCCUAAUUUCAUGAUUCAGAGAUUUCUUCCUGCAGCAACUGCAUUGGCUGCUUCUUCAUUGUCUGCUUUAGCUGCCAACAAAGAACUACUAAGAAGUGAUCAUACUAAGCUUAGUCAUGAUGGUUGUAGUAAAAUUCUAUCUAAGGGUUGUGGUUUUCAAUACUUUUUUCCUUGGCGUGCAAAACAUAAGCUUUGUGGGGUUAAGAGUCCUGUUAGAAGGGUUCGUUCCAGCGUGACUAGGUUUUAAUGAGCUGGUUAUCACAAAUAUAUCGCUCACUCUAGAUACUGCAACGAGCGAUAAACAACGAGCAACGAGCAACGAGCAACGAGCAGAUGACUUUGAAUAGGUUGUUAUAGAUUUUGCAAUGUUAAAAAGUAGUUAAUAUCAUUUGAAGCUAGUUUUAUGUACACUAUUGUAUUAUAUAAGCUAUUCUAGUUUUGUUUUACAUUAUUCUUGUACAUAUACUCUAGUUUUUAGGCCUAUGCAAUACAUAGAAUUUAUUGAAUUAUGGGGUUUAAUAAUUAUAAUAAAAUCAUUUUAAA